AAGAGCAUCCUCGGCGAGUCUGGGCUCUCCCGGCUCCUGCCGCCUCCUCCUCCACUUCUUCGUCCUCCACUCGGAGGCUCAUUGUCAUCUCUGGCAGCAGGAUGAGCCGGCAGGUGGUCCGCUCCAGCAAGUUCCGUCACGUGUUCGGACAGCCGGCCAAGGCCGACCAGUGCUAUGAAGAUGUGCGAGUCUCACAGACCACCUGGGACAGUGGCUUCUGUGCCGUCAACCCCAAGUUUGUGGCCCUGAUCUGUGAGGCCAGUGGGGGAGGGGCCUUCCUGGUGCUGCCCCUGGGCAAGACUGGACGAGUGGACAAGAACGUGCCCACGGUCUGCGGCCACACGGCGCCCGUGCUGGACAUUGCCUGGUGCCCGCACAAUGACAACGUCAUUGCUAGUGGCUCUGAGGACUGCACAGUCAUGGUGUGGGAGAUCCCCGACGGGGGCCUGGUGCUGCCCCUUCGGGAGCCCGUCGUCACCCUGGAGGGCCACACCAAGCGAGUGGGCAUUGUGGCCUGGCACCCCACUGCGCAGAAUGUGCUGCUCAGCGCAGGUUGUGACAACGUGAUUCUGGUGUGGGACGUGGGCACUGGGGAGGCCAUGCUGACGCUGGGCCCAGACGUGCACCCGGACACCAUCUAUAGCGUGGACUGGAGCCGGGACGGCGGCCUCAUCUGUACGUCCUGCCGCGACAAGCGCGUGCGCGUCAUCGAGCCCCGCAAGGGCACCGUGGUCGCGGAGAAGGACCGCCCCCACGAGGGGACCCGGCCGGUGCACGCCGUGUUCGUGUCCGACGGGAAGAUCCUGACCACGGGCUUCAGCCGCAUGAGCGAGCGGCAGGUGGCACUGUGGGACACGAAGCACCUGGAGGAGCCUCUGUCCCUGCAGGAGCUGGACACGAGCAGCGGCGUCCUGCUGCCCUUCUUCGACCCUGACACCAACAUUGUCUAUCUCUGUGGCAAGGGCGACAGCUCCAUCCGCUACUUUGAGAUCACGUCAGAGGCCCCGUACCUGCACUACCUCUGCAUGUUCAGCUCCAAGGAGUCCCAGCGUGGCAUGGGCUACAUGCCCAAACGCGGCCUGGAGGUGAACAAGUGCGAGAUCGCCAGGUUCUACAAGCUGCACGAGCGGAAGUGUGAGCCCAUCGCCAUGACUGUGCCCAGGAAGUCGGACCUGUUCCAGGAGGAUCUGUACCCGCCCACUGCAGGGCCCGACCCUGCGCUCACGGCUGAGGAGUGGUUUGGCGGACGGGAUGCCGGCCCCCUCCUCAUUUCCCUCAAGGAUGGCUAUGUGCCCUCGAAGAGCCGGGAGCUGCGGGUCAACCGGGGCCUGGACAGCGGGCGUAGGAGGGCAGCGCCAGAGUCCUGCGGCACGCCCAGCUCGGAUGCCGUAUCCCGGCUGGAGGAAGAAGUGCGGAAGCUCCAAGCCACCGUGCAGGAGCUGCAGAAGCGCUUGGAUAGGCUGGAGGCGACAGUCCAGGCCAAGUAGAGGGCCCAGGGUCUUCAGCAGGGCCACCACCAAACCCCCUCCCACCCACCCCCACUCCUCAGGCCACUGUGGCAGAGAACAAAAAAUAAUAAAAUGGCUUUAUUUUCUGGUACCUCUCA